AUUAAUUUGUGUCAAUGUCAAUAUGAGAAUGGGAAGAGAAAAAAAAUAAAAAUACCACAAAAAAAAAGUCAAAUCAACAAAAUGUGAUUAUUUAUAAAAUGAUAAUGCUUUGAUUGAAUUUAUGGAUUUUCCAUGCUGCAUGCAUAUGCAUAAGUUUAAGUGAGUGUCUGUAUUGCUUAAGAAUUAAAAAUGUAUAAAAUAAUACCAGUUAAAAACAGUACCAUGUGCGAUUCUGAUUCAUCCAUUAUAAAUGUUUGCGAGGUAAAAGUUAAAGUGCUGCGUGAUGAAUUACAAGAAGUUGUGCACAAUCUUUACAACUAUUUAGUGUCGGAUGAAGAGUGUACAAUAGGUCUGUUGGUGAAGAAACACACCAAUAACUUAACGACGCAAGGUGAUUUCAGUUUUCUCAACACUGCGAAACCGUGGCAAGACUUUUUGACCGAAGAACAAUUGAAGCGUAUUGAUGGAACACUGUUGCAAUGUGUUAACAAAGAUAUUGCAGAUUUGAUAAACACGUCGAAAGAUUGGGCCAUACCAAUAGUGAAAGCUAUUGAAAUAAAAAAACGAAUACAUUUAUUUGUAGACCGGCAAAGCGCCAUUUCUAUAGGAUUCAAGGUUGCUGUGAAAAACCAUAAGAAAGUUUUAAAAAGAAUGAGCGCGGACACUACAGUGGUAAAAAUUGACCCUUACUGCACUGAUUCUGAUUGUCUAGCAUAUCUGAGGUUGAAGUGUUUGAGGGAUGUUGUAAGAAAUUUGUACCUGAUCUAUACCUACCCUCUAGUACAGAAAUUAAUUAUAGUUGUGACAUGGAGGUCUGGUUAUAAAUAUUUAGAUUUAAAUAUUGCAUCUGAUGAUGUGGAGCCAGUGUUUUGUGGCACAGUACUCAAUGCCAGGACGGGGCUGAAGGAGACCUCUAUAACAGCAUCUGAAUACAUAAGAUUAAGACAAGAAGAGCUGACUCUGAUUGCUCAACACAAGUAUGGGCUAAGAGUGACGAGUGAGGAGAAGUGGAAGGAGUUCAUAGCUCACCUGGGAGAGUCUGCCGUCACGUUUGAGCUGCUGCAGAUCAAGUGUUCUAGUCCUGUUAAAAUACACUUUGAAUCUGCUGCUGCUGGUAAUAGUAAAGGGGCUGCCUUUAUUCUGUACAAUUGUGCACGACUGGAAACCAUUUUGCGGACUUUCAAAGAGAAAGUGGAUGAGGGAACUUAUCCGGCCCUUCCUAGCUUAGAAAAUACUGAUUUAUCACUAUUAACUGAUGAGGACGAAUGGAGCCUCAUAUUCACAUACAUCAUGGGGCUGCCGUCCCUCCUCACGAACGCCGUUGAAGUGCGAGAAUACUCGGAGAUUUACAACAGCUGUUGCGAGUUCCGACCGCACAUGAUUUGCAACUUCUUGAGCAACAUGGUGAAACUCUUCAGCCAAUACUACAGAAGAGUGAGGAUAUUGACUGAACCUCGCAAGCACCUGCUGCCGGUGCUGUUCGCUCGCGUUCACAUGUUAAUAAUAUUAAAUAACACUUUAAAACUAUGUUUGAGUAUAUUAAAUAUUAAAAGCGUUUCACAGAUGUAUACAACUUGUUUUUUUCCCCUAAUUCCUAUCAUUUUGCCUCUACUUUAGUAAACAAACAAAUGA